AUGGCCUCUUCUCUCGACGUCUUUUGUCAAAAAAAAAAGCUAUUGGUGGGUCAUUUUACUAUUAGCUAUUGGUGGGUCAUUUUACUUCACGCAGGAGCUGCAAGUAACUCUAAUUUGAGUGAUGAUAAAAAGAAACGAAGGAAAAACCCUAAGCCUCGGCACUUAAGUUCGUAUGGGAAGCGUAAUAACACUCCAGUUCAACCCUCAGAAACUGAAACCAAGAGCCAAGGCAAAAGAGUUUGCUUCAACAACUCUGAUGUAAGACAGAUGAAGCAAAACACUUCUUCUAGAGAAAAUCAGUUUGGCAUAAAAGAAACUGUCUUGGAGAAUUUCCCCAACGUCACUCCUCAGUUUAUGUCAGACCAAAUCAAUGGCCAUCAAGAUAAACCUGAGAAGGCGAAGAAGAAUCCGGAAAGCUAUGGUUUAGGGCUUGAGCAAUGUGUGAAGAUCAUAAGAAAGCUUGAGUGUUCAGGUUAUGUUGAGAGCACUUUUAGACAAAAGUUUUUGACUUGGUUUAGCCUACGAGCUACGAGUCAGGAGAGAAAUACUGUCACGACAUUCAUGAAUGCUUUCAAUGAUGAUUCAAUGGCUCUGGCUGAGCAGCUCGUUGACACAUUCUCUGAUUGUAUAUGGAGCAAGGGUUCUGUGAUUGGCGAUCGCGAUGGAGGUGGCAGUAGUGGUGUCUCAUUGUGUUGUAUUUUUUUUCUUCCCGAUUGUUGA